AUGUCAAAGCCAUCUCCUAUCUGGUUAAGUGUUAACCCAAAGAAGAGAAGCAGAUCCUUAGCUGGCACUUUAUCCGCAUGUUCAAUAUCGCGGAAGGCCGGGCAUGUCGAAAUUAUGGCUGCAGUAGACUCGUCCGCCAGUCAUUCUUCGUAA